CACUCUCCUCGGGCAGCAGACGAACGAUCCAGAGGCUGGGGGCGUCCGGAGAAACACAGCCCAGCUCCUCUCCUCUCUCUUUGAGUGCUCCAGCAGCUUCGGCACGAUACCGCACCGCUCAAACAGCCACCCCCCCCGCCCCAACCCUCCGACCAGCCACCUCGAGGAGCAGGGGAGGGGAGACACACUGGCGCACGCGGCGCAGCGCUGCAUCUCACACACACACAUUCAGGGACACACACACACACACACACCCGCACACCCACGCACACAGAUUCAUGCAGACAGCCAAGCGCCCUGCUGCUCCUCUCUCACACACACACCCCGGCGUGCUCGGUACCGCUCAGCUCCGUCACUUGUGUGUUUUUUCGCGGCUGCAGCUGAUUCACUCGCUUGCUCGCUCGCCUCUCUCUCUCUUCUCCGCUGCCACUGCUGCCAGUCGCUCUGUCUCACUGCGCUCUGUCCACCCGCCAGAGAAUGGUCCAGCUGGUGCCUUGGGGUCUGCUGUCGCGGCCUGUCUGAACACACACACACACACACAAACACACACUCACACACACACACACAAGUACGUAAGUACGUACGUACGUACGCACACACGUACGCACUGAGGCAGUCUAUCGACAAGCGGAAGCACACGUUCAAAGUGAAGAGCGAUGUAAGAGGUAAGGGCUCCAUUUGUACGCUCCUGCCUCUCUCUCCUUCCCUCUCUCGAUCCAUCUCUAUCCCUCCGUUUCACUCUCGCUUCCUCUCUAUCACGCUCUUUCCUGAGUUUUUCGCCAUUGUUUCGUCUAGAACUUUCCCCCUGUGUGUGCUGCAGUCUUUACUUUCUGAAGUAUGUGGCUAUGUGUUGGAGGCGAUGGGGAGGGGGGUUUGUUUGCUUUAGCGUCUGUGUGCUCUGAAUGAGGGCCACCGGGUUAGCAUCUGUUUGUUAUGGCUUGUCUUUUGAAUGAGGCUCACACACUCAGUCAUUCAUGCGCGUGCACACACACACACACACACACACACACACACACAGACACACACACACACACACACACACACACACACACACACACACACACACACACACACACACACACACACACGUGUUCUUGGUGGAAGCAAAAUGGGGAAGAUGACAUGAACACUGUUUAUAGCGGUAGACUAUACAAUCGCCGUUAUGGUAUUGAAUUCGCUGGCAGUUUUAUGGUGUUUCUCAUGACUGGGAGUUACUUCCCCGUUUGAUCUUAAGUUAGAUGUUGUCUCUUUUAAGUCUUGGACUUGCUAAUCGUUCGUGUGUGAGUCGGUGAGGACUUUGGUCUCCCUAUCGGUUUGUCGUUUCCUCCGCAAAUACUUACGUUUGCCGUUUGCCUUGGAUGGUUGGACUAAAUCUGGGAUCUUUGUGUGUGUGUGUGUGUGUGUGUGAACGUGUGUGUGCGUGGGUGUUUGAGUGGGGCCAUGGUUGUUCCAGGAAGCACUGAAGUGGAUCAAUAGAUCGUCAGCUUCCAUUCCCCCGGCCUGACUCAACAUCGGACACGUUGAGAAUUAUCUUGCUGGCAAACAUUUUAGCACAAAUUCUCCUCCACCGAAUACUCAACCUUUUAGGUAUUUCCUUACAUUCUUCUCCCCAUUCAAAUGAAGUUUCCCACCGCCUUGUGUUAUUUUUUUUUAGACGGCUCUGUAAAUGUGUCAUCCAGUGGGUCUCUCUAGCGCUUGUGCCAUGUGAGGUGAACUCCCGCCCCCUUGCAUGUAAAUUUUGUCUGACAUGUGAAGCUGCCACUGCCUUUUAUGGUGAGCACCGUAUUUCAGUACAGUACGAACUUGCCAACCAUUCCGGGUCGCGGGAGGAGGACGUGUGUGUGUGUGAGUGAGGGAAAGAGAGUGAGAGAGAGAGGGUGGCUCUGUGUGUCUGUAGGAGUGUAUGUGCGCGCGUGUUAGUGUUUGCAUGUGUGUGUCAUAAAGUGGGAGUAACUCGCAGAUAGGAGGAAAGUCUAACCAAAAAAGAAAAAAAACGACAGGCGGGGAGAACGAGAAAGAAACGUGGAGGGCGCUGAGAAAUGGCAGAUUUUCCACUGUGCGGAAAGUUUAAAGUUUUAACCGGACUAAACGGCCGCUGUUCCAGGGAGAACUGCAAGUACCUGCACCCCCCCUCCCACCUGAAGACGCAGCUCGAGAUCAACGGCAGGAACAACCUGAUUCAGCAGAAGAACAUGGCCAUGCUGGCCCAGCAGAUGCAGCUGGCAAACGCCAUCAUACCUGGCACGCAGCUCCCGCCCAUGCCCAUGUUCUCGGUGGCUCCUAACAUGGCCUCCAACGCCAGCUUGGCGGCUGCCACGGCGGCUGCCUUCAACCCCUACAUGGGGCCCAUGUCCCCGGGCCUGAUGCCCCAGGAGAUCAUGUCCAGCGGGCCCGUCCUCAUGGCGCCCAGCCAGGCCGGGGUCGGCCAGCUGCAGAACGCAGCCGCACAGAAGCUGCUGAGGACGGACAGACUGGAGGUGUGCCGGGAGUACCAGCGGGGCAACUGCUCCCGGGGGGAGAACGACUGCCGCUUCGCCCACCCGUCGGACAGCACCAUGAUCGACACCAACGACAACACGGUGACCGUGUGCAUGGACUACAUCAAGGGCCGCUGCUCCCGGGAAAAGUGCAAGUACUUCCACCCGCCGGCCCACCUGCAGGCCAAGAUCAAGGCCGCGCAGCACCAGGUGAACCAGGCCACGGCCGCCGCCGCCAUGACUCAGUCGGCUGUCAAAUCACUGAAGCGACCCCUCGACGCAACCUUUGACCUGGGCAUCCCCCACACUGUCAUGGCUCCGUUGCCAAAGCGGGCCGCUAUGGACAAGGCCAACGGGGCGUCUAUGUUUAACACUGGAAUGCUCCAGUACCAACAGGCCCUGGCCAACAUGCAGUUCCAGCAGCAGGCUGCUUUCCUCCCGUCAGGCUCAAUAUUGUGCAUGACACCCUCUGGCAGUAUUGUUCCCAUGAUGCACGGUGGUAAUCCAGCCGCUGUCUCAGCAGCCAACACAUCUGCCGCAAGCCAUCCCUUCGCAACUGCCUCCGCCAAUCAGGACUCUUCCUUAUCAAAGUUGACUACCAACGAAUACAUGCAAUUGAUUCCAAUAAUAUCUGCAGAUCAUCUGAGUAGUCACAAGUACUUGACUCAAAUGUAGUUCCUCUCAAGAACAAUCAAAUGAAUGUGUGCUGGUGCCGUCCACGCCAAACUAGUUCAGCCUUUAUGUACAUAACAUUCGGGAAUGUCCAGUGCCGGGAGAGGAGCAAAGGUGCUGUCUCCGAGAGCGACCCCCCCUCUCCUACCUCCCUCUCCCUAACCCCAAACCCCCCACCCCCACCCUCAAGGACGAUGGUCGUCGUAGUAACGCAUGUCAUCUAUCUUGGGUGCAACCCACUUGGUCCCGGCGCCACCAAUGCCCCACAUAUCAGUAUCAAGAGGUGUGGACGCCACCAACCAACCAACAACCUCCUCCUCAUUGGCUGGGAGAUUUACCCUGUUGCCUACACAGCAGAAGACAUUUUGGUGAAACGCGGGGGGGGAGGUGGGCGUCAGUGUGUCUUAUAUCACAGAGGGCUCAUCCUCUUUUAUUUUUUUUAUUUUACACAUUACACCUCUGUCUCCGGCAAAUUUGGAGCACUCAAAUUGACGUUUUGGUUAUUCUUAUUAUGAGUAUGGAUUCCCAUUGUGCUCAUAGUCUUUAACUGCACCAAUAGCAGGACAAGAGCGAGGUUUGCGUUUAGAUUUGGGUAGACAAUGCUGGUACGUUUGUAGAUGAGAAAGAUUUUGUCUCCACUUUUUUUUUUAUUUCAUGAUUUUCUAAACAAUAGCCAUAAACAUAUAAUUUACAAAAAUAAAUGCCAACAUGCACCUUGAAUAUAAAAAAAAAAAAGGAAAGGCACCAAAAAACGUUUUUUAUUUGCCAAAUCCUGUUCAGCAUGCGCAGUUUGGUUUGUAUUUGUGUUUCCUUUUGGUGGCGACUAGUGGAACUAGACUAGAAAUGAGGGUCUUGGACAUACGAAUGUUCUGGGUAAACCAACACACGUGUACUUUGAAAGCACAGCCAGGCUUGCUACUCCUCCUUGUGUCCCGUGCCAUCAACCCCCUCCCCCCCCCCACCACCCCCCCAUACAGCUAGUUCCUACAGAGUGUUCUCAGAGCAGUGUUAUUAGGUUUUACCGAAGGUAUACGCAUUGUACGUUUGCAAUGUGUUUUAUUUUUUUUCCAGUGUUGCAGCAUCAAUUAAUUAUGUUUGUGUCUCUUUUUUUUUGCCUGAUGCGUAGUUUAGUGGGGUUCAGGGAAAUUGGUCCUCCUGACGAGUUUAGUUGUUUUUCAUUCAUGAUUCAGUUUCUUUUGGGGUUUUUUCCGACGAUUUUAUCCCAUCUUUUCUUCAUUUCUCCCUCCGGUACUCGUUUCUUGCCUGUUUUUGCCUUGGGGUUUUAUCACGUUGUGUGUUUGUCAGUUGGGACACUGGGACUCUGAAGCCUGGUGCUGCGAUGGAGUUGAGCUGAAGGUGUUACCCCCCAGCCCACCCUACCC